GGGGAAGAUAACUAAAAAGUUGCCCAUAUUAUCUGUCUAACAUCUUCAUCGAAGAAGACAGUCUUGUCUGAUAAUAAUGGCCUCAAUUGCUCCGACGCUUCUAGACCACCACCGCCUAUCCUCAUCCCUUUCUCAUCAGUUCCACCGUUCAACCACCGCCUUAUUCCUCCGUCAGCUUCCAUGUCUAAUCUCAUCCCCUCCCUCACUUCUCUCCACACACUCCUCCUUUUCUUCUUCUUCUUCUUCCACUUUGACUUUACCGCCUAGAAGACCCAAUUUCAUCAUCUCAGCAUCAGCUACCUUGACCAGUAAUUCCGUACCGCCAAGAAACGGAGUCUUGAUUGUGGGUGAUUUUAUGACUACGAAAGAUGAGUUACAAGUGGUAAAGCCCACAACAACUGUAGAUGAAGCUCUAGAAGCUCUUGUCGCACAUAGGAUAACUGGGUUUCCUGUAAUCGACGAUGACUGGAAACUGGUUGGGCUGGUUUCAGAUUACGACUUAUUAGCACUGGACUCUGUAUCAGGUGCUACACGAUCUGACACGAACAUGUUCCCAGAGGUUGAUAGCACCUGGAAGACAUUCAAUGAAGUACAAAAGUUGCUCAGUAAAACCGAUGGGAAGGUGGUUGGCGAUUUAAUGACACCUGCGCCGUUAGUAGUUCGUGAAAAUACUAAUCUUGAGGAUGCUGCCAGAUUGUUACUUGAAACUAAAUAUCGCCGCCUUCCAGUAGUAGAUGGUGACGGAAAGCUGGUGGGGAUUAUUACAAGAGGAAACGUAGUAAGAGCUGCUCUACAAAUUAAAAAGGCCAGCGAAAUGCAAACAUAACAUUUGAAGGAUGGUACACUGUCUAGCUUGGGGAUCCUAAUGCAUGUAGCACUGAAAUUAGUGGCAACAAUUUUGGUAAUUACCGCAAAAACUAAUUCUUAAAUUGUCUGUGUUAUGAUAUUCGCAUGCUUGUAUAUGAUCUGUAGAUCUGUUAUAAUUAUUAAGUUAAAUACCGAAACCAUACUUGAUAAUAAUAUAAACGGAGUUCUGAAUGAUAAA